UUCCGGGCGGCUCUGUAACUCAAUAGGGCUUCUGUGAACAGUCGAGCGCAGUGUGGACACUUUGUAUGAUCGGGAAUAUGUCUGUUUAUUAUUUUGAUACAUCUUGCAAAGUUUCAGACGUAACGCAGACAUUGUUUCUUUCUUCGUGCAAAUGAAAGUGGUUUGACAUCUAUUCAUAGCCCUAGUCAUGGCAAAUGAGCCCAGGGAUCCCAUGCCGCUGGAAGAGCCCAUGUUUAUUCUGGAAAAUGGAGAGAUGUACAGGAACCAAACUGAAGUAAAGAUGAGCCAGAUAGUCCUCCCCUGCCAUGCAAACUACUGUGGAGAACUCAGUGCUGGGCAGCUGCUCAAGUGGAUGGACUCCACUGCCUGCCUGUCUGCUGAGAGACAUGCUGGCUGCUCCUGCAUCACAGCUUCAGUGGAUGACAUUCACUUUGAAACCACCAUAGGGGUUGGACAGGUUGUAAACAUUACAGCCAAAGUCAACAGAGCCUUCACAUCCAGCAUGGAGGUGGGGAUUUUAGUGAGCUGUGAAGAUCUCUUCAGUGACAGACAGUGGAAGGUCUGCAAUGCUUUCGCCACCUUUGUGGCCCGACGUACCGAAGCAGGAAAGGUACAGCUGAAGCAGGUGAUUCCCCGCACACAGGCAGAGCAGAUGGAGUACAGCAUCGCAGCCGAGCGCAGGAGGAUGAGACUGAUCCAUGCAGAGAUAAUUAACGAUCUCCUCAGCAGCUGCUGCUCUCAGACAGUGAGUGAGUGUUUAGAUUACCAGGAUGCUGUGCCUGCGGAGCGGACUCGAGUAGAAAGCGUCGAGCUGGUGCUCCCGCCCCAUGCUAAUCACCAGGUCAGCACGUUUGGUGGACAAAUCAUGGCCUGGAUGGAGAAUGUAGCCACCAUCUCUGCCAGUCGUUUGUGUAAUGCUCACCCAACUCUGCGGAGCAUAGACAUGUUCCACUUUCGUGGGCCAUCCCACAUUGGAGACAGACUGGUGUUGAAGGCAAUUGUAAACAAUGCUUUCAAGAAAAGUAUGGAGGUGGGAGUGUGUGCGGAGGCCUAUCAGGGUGGAGAGCCCCUGCGACACAUCAACACCGCCUUCAUGACCUUUGAGGUCUUGGACAAUGAACAGGAAGCCAUGCACGUUGCCAAGGAUACGGCCCGAGCCUGUGGAUGGUAAAAGACGCUUUCAGGAAGCCAUAGCCAGAAAGAAAAUCCGCCUUGACAGGAAGUACAUAAUAUCCUGCAAACAAAGUGAGGUUCCUCUGUCGGUUCCCUGGGACCCAAG